UGUCACUGAAACUUUUACGCAUGGAAAUUGCAUUUUCGAUUUAAAGUGGCCUUUUUAUAUAUUUUAUUUUGUCAAAAGUCAGCAUUAGUGUUAAAGUCUUGCAAACGAAGAAAUGGAAAUCUUCAUAACAGUAGAUAAAAAUGCUGCCCUUUUCCAUGCUAGCUCUACCAAUCAUACAGCAAGUUUCUGUCACGUGACAGACUAAAAGUGCUAAAUUUUUGCAAGUUCUUGACCGUGACUGUGAAAACAUAAAGAACGUUUUCUGUUUACCUAUGGCAUUUUUAUUUCAUUGGCUUGAAAUCUAAGUUCUCUUUGCAGUGGGUUGAAUUUGCACUUGUUUCGUCCAGUAGCUCCGAAACAGGCACUAUAAAUCUGCCGUGGAGUCUUUAUCUUGGAUGAUGUCGAACCAGACUGCACAACGCGUGCGGCGAAAUGGAUCGCCAUCGACCACCAAACAAGGCCCAAUCAAGGCCGUUCAAGCUUUCUCUUUGAAACAAGGGAAUUCUUCGUCUAAAAAUGCUUCAUCUUCGCCAUCGCCCCGAGACAGUCAUAAAUUGUGGUCACGAAAGUCGCCUGAUCACCGACUGUCUCCUGAAAGGAAAAGUCCUGGGUCUUCGCAGCCUCUCAGCUUGAGCCCCAACGUGAACCAACAAACUCAAGCGCACACUCAUAGUCAUACUCUCAAAGAAAAAGGAAAAAAUUCCAAGCACAGUUCGGGAUUAGGGAAAUGGAGACCCAGCUCAGUGGAUACUGUAGUACCUUCAUACCUUACUGGGCAGUGGCCAAAGGAUAUAAUUUACAACUAUCAUCACUACCAGUCUGCAGGGGUCUUCAUGUGUGACAAGUCCACUCAGACAAUGGAUGACUGGGAAAAUAAAAUUGAAAAGAAGAAGAAAGGGCACAAAAGAUCUGCAUCAUUUGGCCAAGGUGACCAGCUGAAGCUCCAGUUUUUCAAGCAGCACUUGCAGAAGUCGAAAGAAGGCAGCAAGCAGGGUGACUGCAAGCAGCGCUCUAGUCCUGUUCCUGGAAACCAUUCUGCCCUGUCUCUCACAGCACCUCCAGCUCUUUGCUCACAGACCAAGACAAUCUUGAUUUCUGCGGGACACAUACCACGUCAAAAUGUGAACAGGUUCCAGAGAAACAGUGUCGAGGGUUUGAAUACAGAGAUCGAGAGGUUGGUGAGCUCGGUGAAAGCUGUCAGCAUAGUGGUUCCUGAUGGAGAGGAAGCAGACCUGGUAUUUAAGGAAAUCCCUGACGGUCAUCGUGCACCUGUUCCUGAGCUGAGCCAUCUCAGCUCCACGAGGAGUGUUGACACGCAGACGCCCUCGGGUCACAUUGACCACAGUGUAGUGACCCUGAGCAGACCAGCCUCCAUAAGUCCAGCCUCCGCGGUCACGCCCCCUCGCCCCGGCAGUGUUGAGAUACACCGUCACUCCAGCAACAGAUCUGAGUCCACAGAGAGUAAAUCCAGCAGCAAAGGUGAAGUGGAGUCCUCCCCAGAGCCCACAGCCCACUUAUGCAGCCCUAAGCUGGAAAAGUCGUGCCCUUUCGUGCGAGAGCCGCCAGAUGGCUGUGAGAAAGUCACUGCAGUUGAGGAAUCUAGGUGGCCACAAAUCAAAGAGCCAAUGCUGUGUGCUCCUGUCAUGCCAAAUCAGUUUGUCUUCAAGCAAAGUCAAGGCUCAGCAUUCUGCCCACUCAUCAAGAGCUACUUGGCGGAUAAUGAGCUUUCCAUUGCUUAUAAUGGUGCUUCUUCCCCUGUUCUUGCCACUGGAAUGGAAGGAUGAAUGAGAAAGAAAAAUAAACAGUAUUCCCUAUUGACAGCAGAAAUGUUUCCAUGUUCCAUCGACCAAUUAUGAUUUCUUGAUGUCUGCAUAUAUCUUUGAAACGGAUGCAUAUUUUAAUGAAGCAUAACACAUUUUAUGGUGGUUUCUGUGUAUUUGUAUUUUGUUUUGUGGGGGAGGGGGGGGGCAUUUCUUGGAGGCUUUCUUCCAUUACAUAAGUAAUGUUACACAUUUAUGAAUGUCGUUUUGGGGUCAGUGUUCACAGUAGGAAUUAUGCAGGUUUAUAUACUCUCUAAAUGUUCAGUGGAAUCCACUAAAAUUGUACACUGUUAAUCUGAAAACAGUGUCUUUUAACUGAAA